CUCCAGCCCACCGUAUUGUGGGCCAAGCAAAACGGUGGCAGCUUAGUUGGCGCACCGCAGAGGGGUUCACUCGCCCUAAAAGCUCCCGAGAGCUCGGAUUGAUUUCCACCGCAGAAAACGGACUUUGUGAGCUUGUAGCCGCAUUUAUAGAGCCAUCGAAAUAGCAUCGCGACACAAUAAACGAGAAAGCUGGUUCGCCAUCAAAGGGAAAAAAAAAAAAAUCAAGCAGACGUUGCACGAGCUUUACACGCGCGUGGACCAGAACUCCUCUCGCUCUGCCCCGCAUUGGUUAAUCCAGGUGCCUUGAGAUAAUCGACGCCUCCUACUGGACCCUGUGGCUUCUUCCAUACGGCACAAUCUAACGCCACUUUUUUGGAAGUUUAUACAUAAAUUUAUAUACGCGACCAGUGGUGGGCUUGGACAACAACGUCAAAUUCCGUUCCUCGCAAUCCGUCUAUAUCAUAGCCCCAAUCGAUAGAGUCAUCGCCGCAAUGCCGCUCAAGGGCCUUUUGGCGGGCAAGACUGCCAUUAUAACAGGCGGCACCACUGGUAUCGGGCGAGCUAUCUGCCUCGGGUAUCUUCGCCAAGGGUGCAAUGUUGUCGUCAAUCACCUCAGCCUAGAGAAAGACCAGGUGCACCUAGACUCACUGAUAGCCGAAGCCAGUUCCAUCCUAGCACAGGACCCUGAAGCCGGUCGUCUUGCUCAUCAGGCAGGGGAUGUUCGUGAAAUUGAGACUGCGGCCAAAUUGGUGGCUGCUGCCGUUGAACAUUCUGGCGAGGCUCGCCGUCUCGACAUCUGCGUCUCCAACGCCGGAGUCUGCACCUUUGCUGAUUUCCUUACGUUAUCACCGGAUCUUCUCGAAACGACAUUCAGGACAAAUGUUGACGGUGCCUUUUACAUUACACAAGCGGCAGCCCGGCAAAUGGCACUGAAUCAAAGCCCAUCGGGCGGCAGCAUUAUUGGCAUGUCCUCCAUCUCAGCAUUGGUGGGCGGAGGCUUGCAGACGCAUUACACGCCAACAAAGGCCGGCGUGACGAGUCUGAUGCAGAGCACGGCGGUGGCUCUAGGAAAGUACGGUAUCCGAUGCAAUGCCUUAUUGCCUGGAACGAUUCGAACGCAGCUGAACGAGGAGGAUCUAGCUGAUGACGCCAAGCGGAGCUACAUGGAGGGUAGGAUUCCUCUUGGUCGAACAGGCGAGCCGGCGGAUAUGGCGGGUCCAGCUAUCUUCUUGGCUUGUGAGGAGUUGAGUGGCUACGUAACGGGAGCACAGUUGCUGGUGGAUGGUGGGCUAUUUGUCAACCUACAAUAAGCCAAGGGUGUUAUGUACGUGCAUUUUGUGAGCAUUUGGGAAUGGUUGAGGGUUGUGAAGAUGUUGUCAGGCAAUCCCUAACCGUCGUGGGCUGUUCGAGAGCGUGUCAUUACAUUUACU